CGAGACUGCAUGAUCGUCUAAACGAUGCUUAAAUUAGGUGGUAGUGGAAAACAUUGAAAAUUUUAUUCGUUUAAAAUCGCAAAACACUUUUGUGGCAACAUAUUGAUUUUUGAUAGAGCAUAUCAGCUCAUAACAUUGAAACCGGUUGAAGUUACAGUCAAUUUUUUAUUUGCUGUGAUUGAAUUAAGGUGGCAAAUAUUUACUUAAAUGCAAUACUGCUAUAUUUGGUCAGUGAUUUCAAACAUUUAAUAUUCAAAAACGUUGUGACUUUAAUGUAACCAACGAUAGUUUUCGUCAUUCAAACCGUUCGGAAAAUUUUAGUACGAAUAAAAGUUGAUAAGAACUAAGGAAAUGUGUAGCUAAAAAGAUAUCCGGGGAACUUAAACACUUGAUACCAUAUAGGACGUUCCACAUAAUAGCUAAGUUGAUAGCAUCACCAAAGAUAUGUUUAAGAAUGAUACUCAACGACAGAAGCUUAAUGCCGUAAAUUAAACUUAAGUCAAAAAAUGUGAAAGACUUGGCAGACUUGAAAACCAACGAGCUGUUGCAAUAAAACUCUUCAAUAAAUUAUGACGUAAACCAUACGUGUUAUCCAACGCGUUAUAUCUCUAACAUAAAAUAAAAACAAAAAAAAAUGUUUGCAAUCAAUACAGUACUUGUAUCCACAUUAGUGGCGCAUUGUAUCGUGCUCGUUCGAUGCAAUGAAGUUCAACAGCACAACCCGAAUGAAUGUUCGAAGCAUGAAUUCAAAAACAAGGACAUUUUAAUGGAAAAUGUAGUGCCGGAUUUAAGCGAUCUGUUAAAUCUCAAUAAUAAAUCAGUUGAAGAUCUAACUGACAUACUGGCAUUAUGGAAAUCAAUCAAAGACGAAAACAAUGUUGUAGUUCAAGAUAUGCCGUUCACAAUUAUCAUACCGAAAGUGAACAUCAAAACGAUUGAAAAGGAAAGACUGAAAGAAUUUUUAUUCGAACACUUGAUACCUGGAAAAGCAUUGAGCGUUUUUAAUGAGGACGAUGUUUAUGGUAACUGUAACAAGCACGAAAUUUGUUUAAAGAAAUUGAAGCACGUUAAUGAGAGUACGUGGACUGUGAACGGAUUGAAAGUUAUUCGAACUGCUACGCUGACCAGUGGUUCAGCUGCAAUUCACAUCGAUGGAGUUCUGUCCGAUCGGAAAAUGUUGUUUUCGAAAAGAAAUAUUCAAGAGACGAACAGGUACAACGCUCCACAGCGACUCGAAAUGAAAAAUGCUACCAAGGAAGAAUCGACGAAUUCGAGGAAUAGAAAUAACAAACAGAACGCCCUGAUGACAUUCCUGACUGGAAUGAAAUCAGGAACCAAAGUUUUCCAACAUUUCUUAACCAAGAGCAAUCUUUCACAGCAGUUGAGUGAUAGCCAAUACACCAUCCUCAUACCGUCUGACAAUGCAUUUCAGCGGUGGCAUCCAAUUGAUUGGGGAUUUUAUCCGUUCAGUGUUCAAGAGUUCACUGAAGACAUACUGAGAAAUCACUUCAUCCAAAUGAAAUCUCCACUACGAAUGGCCGAUAUCGCAAACAUGGAUCGGGAACAAUCAUUCAAGACUAUAGGCGGAGAAAUGGUUGUUUUCAGAAAGAAUCCUCCGACCGUCAACAAUGUUUCAAUUUUGGCUAACUUUAAUUUACCAAAUGGGAAUGAGGUGUUUCUCAUUUCGGAAGUUCUAUUCAUGUCGGAAGCUGUCGUAUCUCGAUUACAUCAGAUGAACAAGGACAAGGAGACACCACCGUUACUAGCAUUCCCCUGGUUUGGUGCACAAUUCUUAUCGCACUCAUUUCUUGCAUUGGAGAGAGACAAUCGCUUUACGCAAAUUGUCAGAUACAUGAAUACGGCUGACAUAGCUCAAUACAUUUCCGGUGCAAACUACACGUUCUUCGUUCCGACUGAUGACGCUUUCGAAAAAUUUGGACUGGCCAAUCUUCCCGAAACGACGUUAGCUUCUGAAAAGGGCAUUCAAUUGCUGCUGAACCACUUUGUUAAAGGACGUUUGUAUGACAGAGAUCUAAAAAAUGACGAGGUUUUUGAGACUAUUGGUGGAGGAGCUUUACGCAUAAGCCGUAAACAUGCAGGAAACGUGACCGUCAACCGCGCGAAUAUCAUCGAAACGGAAAUUUUUGUGUACAAUCUCGGCACAAUGUUUUACAUUGACGAAGUAUUGCAUUCAGAUAUACUGACCGGAGCAAUAAAGUCGGAUAACAACCGAAAUCGGCAACAAAACAAUUACAAUUACAAAUACUCAACUUUGCCGGAUGUAGAGGCUGUUCCGCAUGAAUUUACGGAGCAGGGUGGAACGGAAGACGAUGUCUUAUUUCAGGACGAUGAAAUUGUUACUCCUAGAGCAUUACCUGUUCGAUACAUGGCAUAUCCGUAUCCGUAAAUUAGAAUGUUCAUUUAUUCAAUUGAUUGAUUUGUCUGUGUAUUAAUUUGGUAGCUGGAAGAAGACCCUUUCAUAUUAAAUAGGGCAUUUACAGUAGAUUCCAAUUAACAAAACAAGUCAAACCGUUAUUUACCGCUUAAAGUAAAAUGUUUUACUGUAGUAUACAUAUGUACAUGUUACCUAUUUAUAAUUUAAAGAUAAUAUUGGAGACAUUUUUUAAAUAUUAUAAAUAAAAUCCAUGGAAAAGUA